AUGCAAAUACAUUUGGUCCACUUCUGAUCAGGUUCAGGCUUCUGGGGAUCAGUGUUUGCAGUCAGCCGAUCUCUGCGCUUGUGCUGGUCCUCGCUGAGCCAUCUUUACCUCAACUUAAAAAUGACAACUUCAGGGGUGCAAAAGGGUAGUCCUCUGACGCUGGUGCUCAUGGUUGCCUCUGCAGCCAUCGGAGGAACUCUGCAGUACGGGUACAACCUGGCCAUAAUGAACGCUCCAACAACUUUCAUUCAAACCUUCAUCAAUGAGACUUUCUUGCAACGCUGGGACAUCCAGCUGGAGGACUACCAGGUGACUCUGGUGUGGACAAUCAUUGUCUCCAUCUUCUCAUUGGGGGGAUUUGCCGGAGCGCUCAUAGCUGGACCAAUGACCAUCCGCUUUGGGAGGAAAAAAUGUCUGCUGCUGAACAACGUUUUUCUCAUGAGCGGUGCUCUCUUGGCCCUCACAAGCCGAGCUGCCGGGUCGUUCGAGAUGAUCAUGCUCUCACGUGUCCUGAUUGGAAUAAACGCUGGAAUCAGCAUGAAUGUUCAACCCAUGUAUUUUGGAGAAAGUGCACCAAAGCACUUGAGAGGGGCCGUCUCUCUGUCGUCGGCUGUUUUCACUGCUUUCGGUGUCGUCCUGGGGCAGAUCGUUGGUCUCAGGGAGAUUUUGGGGUGUGAGUCAUGUUGGCAGUAUCUGCUGGCCAGUAAUGCUAUUCCUGGCUUCAUCCAGCUUCUGACCCUGCCAUGGUUUCCAGAGAGUCCCAGAUACCUGCUUAUUGACAGAGGGGACAAAGAGGCUUGUAUUAAUGCUCUGCGUCGUUUUCGAGGCUGUGAAGUUGAGAGCACUGAGCUCGAUGAGAUCCUGCAGGAACAGGCAGACACUAAAGGCAUGAGACCAAGGCGGCCAUGGGAGCUUGUCACUGAUCGCUCUGUGCGCUGGCAGCUCACCUCUGUCAUCAUCAUCAGCAGUGCCAUGCAGCUCUGUGGAAACGAUUCGAUUUACUUCUAUGCAUCUUACGUGUUUAAGGAGGCCGGCAUAUCUGAAGAGCAAAUUCAGUAUGUCACCAUUGGGACUGGGACUUGUGAGUUCACAGCGUGUAUUAUGUGUAAUCUGCUGGUUGAGCGUAAAGGUCGAAGGUUCAUGUUGAUGGGAGGAUUCCUCCUCAUGACCAUCUGGGCCAUCGUCUUCACCAUCGCUCUGUCAUUUGAGCAGUCUGUGUCUUGGAUGUCUUACCUGAGCAUGGGCUGCAUCUUCACUUAUAUUCUCAGCUUUGGGAUGGGACCAGCUGGAGUAACCGGCGUUCUUCCCACUGAGAUCUUCAAUCAGACGGCGCGGCCAGCUGCAUACAUGAUUGCUGGCUCCAUGAUGUGGCUCAACCUGUUCAUCGUUGGGAUGAUCUUCCCGUUUCUGGUGAGUGGACUGAGUGAAUACUGCUUUGUGCCUUUCGGAGCCAUCUGCCUGUCGUCCGCUCUGUACAUCGGCCUGUUUUUACCAGAGACGAAGGGAAAAUCUCUGUCAGUCAUCACAAGCGAAUUCCACAGGAUGAACUUCAAAGGCCAAAACGACAGAAGUUUGGAAAUUCAGACUCAGUACAAGCUGGGCGAAGUGUGUCUUUCCACAGCCUUAUAGGCAGACUAUUUACUGCUGUAACAACCAGUCCACUGUGUGCUUGAUGUUAUUAAUAUAUUAAUAAACUGUUGGUGAAUCACCAGCAGGGUGUUUCUGCCUAAAAGUUAACCUAAAUAUAGAAAUAUAGUCUCCAUUUGUCAACAAACAAAACUGACAACAUUUUAUUUAAAACCAUUUCAGUUUAAAAUUUCAAACCAGUGAAUGUUCAUUUGAUAUUCUUUUUUUUUUUAUUAUGACUGAAACAAAACCUGUUUUAAUUAUGUUUCCUGCAUGGCUUUAAAAAACAACAUUUUUUCUGUUUAUUAAGAAUGUUAUGAAGGUAUGUUUCUGAAUUAUUAUGUUCAUUUGAUCCAUGAUGUUGGAGUUGUUUGCACUUGUAAAUAUGAACCCAUUAUGCAACUAUUGCUGCUCUGAGCCAUAAACUGUCUUGUCUUGAAUUCUUCCAUGAAAACAAAUGUUUGUGUGUUUAACAUAAUAAAAUUCUAUGAAC